AGAUACACAGGCAACAGGCACAGGCCUUGGCCCCUGGCAGCUGAAGCAGAUUGGUAGCUUUCUGUUUAGUUUUCAGUUAACAUACAUCGUCAAAACAAUUCAAAUCUUAGUCAUCAUGGUUCAGGCUUGGUUCAUGGACAGCUCUGAUGUCGACCAGAGAAAAUUGCACCAAACGGACCCUCCUCAGUUUGUCAGCGUUGAGGAACUGUUAACAACUACAGGAGUUGAGAGUUUUAAGAUAACGAUUGACGACGAUCUGUCAGAUCCGUUCCUGGCGAAAAUACGCAAGGAGAGAAAUUACUCAUAUGAAGAUGAAAUCACCUGCUGUCCUGAGAAACUCCCCAAUUACGAGCAAAAGAUCAAGUCUUUUUACGAAGAGCACCUGCACACUGACGAAGAAAUCCGUCUUGUCCUGGAUGGAUCAGGCUAUUUCGAUGUCCGAGAUUCGCAGGACCGAUGGAUCAGAGUGGCUGUCGGCAAAGGCGACCUGCUCGUCCUCCCUGCUGGUAUCUACCAUCGCUUUACAUUGGAUGAAAAGAAUUUCAUCCAGGCCAAGCGUUACUUUGUUGGCGAGCCAGUUUGGACUCCAAUCAACAGACCUGCUGACGAUGAAACCAGUCGCAAAGCGUAUCUUGAAAAACUUCAGCAGGGAUUUGUUAAGGCUUAAACGGUUUAGGCCUUCUAUAGGCAGCUAUACUGUGGUGUGGGGAUUGAUAUUCUAAGAAUUUAUGUGCUCAACAAGACAAUAUUUUAUAAAAUUUUAUACCACAUUUUAAACCAAUAAAAUUAUAUGGUAUUGUAUA